CACCGGUAAUAAUUUAACGGAAAAGAAGCAGGAAGCGCAGCAAACCUGUUUGUCUCCUGAUAUUUUUUGUUUUGUUUUUAAUCAGUAAUCCGUACUAAUAGUUUUAUUCCGUAAUCUGGUUAAUGUGAGUUAACGCGAACUAGCUGCCACAACGUUAGCGUUCACCAAAAUGGACGAAAACAAGAUAGCAGCUGGGAAAGUGAAAAAGCCUGGAAAACGUGGCCGCAAACCCGCCAAGAUUGACCUGAAGGCCAAACUGGAGCGGAGCCGGCAGAGCGCCCGAGAGUGCCGAGCGAGGAAGAAGCUGCGGUACCAGUACCUGGAGGAACUGGUUUCCAGUAAGGAGAGGGCCAUCUGUGCCCUGCGGGAGGAGCUGGAGAUGUACAAACAGUGGUGCUCGGCCAUGGAUCAGGGCAAGAUCCCCUCUGAGAUUAAGGCUCUUCUGACCGGCGACGAGCAGAAAAUGCCCCAAGGUGGGAGCAGCACAAAAGUGCCCAAGAACGGCAAAAACAUCAUCAUCAGCAGCGGUCAGGGUUAACGAGAUGGAAGGAAAAAGGUCACGACGUGACAAGGACGUUUAAAACAAACUGCUGGUGGUUCAGUUGAAGCGUUGAAGGUCAGAUUUUUCACCGAUGAUGUGAUGCAUCAUUUAAAAAACAAAAGCACUUUUUACUCAUGGUUUCAUUUAAGCUUUCAAUAAAUGAAUAAAUAAAAAGUACCACUCUGCAGUAAGCUGAUGGUGAAUGUUUUAAUGAGUUUUUGUUGUUUAUAGCAGCGUUCAGACCGAUGGAGACAAAGUUUUUAUUUAUGUUGAAACAACCUUAUUUCCUGUUGUGUUUAAAUGAAGAUCAUCAGGAACAGGAUUUGUGGAAACAUUGGUUGGAUGUAUUUUGUUGUCUAUAGAAAACCCUUUGAGUCUUUUCAAUAAUGUUUGCUGUUUGGAUGUUUUUAUGAAUAAUGUGACAAUUAAAAAAA